ACGACGCCUCCCUUCAUCCUCUGGUCGAAGUGCACACUGUUGUCAGAUACGACCGUUUCCCCUUCUUCGCUUCUCUCUCUCUCUCUCUCUCCCCUCUCUUCUUCACUCCCCCGUUCGCUUUAAGAGAACACCCAUUCCCCUCGCACCCGUCUCCGCCAUCUUUUACUUGGUUUCUCUCCUUGAGCUGGUCCAAUUCUUCUUUCCUGUCUAAUACAAGCAGAGAAAGGAGGAGGAAGAUUUGCUUGAUCCACCGCCCGCCAGGAUCAGACGAUGAUGUCCGACCGCGUCCACCCGGUCCAGCCGGAGCCUGUCACCGGAGCGACGCCGGAAACCCCCCGCUCGUCUGUACCCCGUUCCGGAAACGUCAAUCCCAAGCCCGGGCCGCAGCCGGGGAGCUACGUGAUCCAGGUGCCCAAAGACCUUGUCCUUCGCACGCCUCCAGAGGGCAACGCGAGGCGCGCCAAGGCCUACGCCCGCCGCGCCGCCCGGCGCCGCCGUAACUGCUGCUGCGUCCUCCUCGCCUGGCUUGCCGCCCUCCUCGUCCUCCUUGCCGCCGCCGCCGGUGUCCUCUACCUCGUGUUCCGCCCCCGCGCCCCCGACUACUCCAUCGACUCCCUCUCCAUCGCCCCCAUCAACCUCUCUGCCGCCGCCGUCUCGCCCCAGUUCAACGCCACCGUCCGCGCUGACAACCCCAACAAGAAGGUAGGCAUCUACUACCGCCACGGCAGCGACAUCAAAGUGACCUACGACGGCGUCACGCUCUGCGCCGGCGCGUGGCCAGCGUUCUACCACGCGCCACGGAAUGAGACGGUGUUCGUGGCGGUGCUGAGGGGGUCGGAUAUCCGGCUGUCAUCGGCCAACCAGCAGUCAUUACUGGCGGCGGAGGCGCAGGGGCGGCAGAUACCGCUAAGGAUCGACGCCAAGGUGCCGGUUAGGGUCAAGUUCGGGGCGGUCACGAGUUGGACGAUCACCGUGAAGGUGAAGUGCGACAUCGCAGUGGACAAGUUGACGGAGAACGCCAAGAUCGUGUCCAAGAAUUGCCAUGUGAAGGUGAAGGUCUUUAAGUUCCUUGGACUAUGAGAGAUGAGAGACUUCUUCUUCUUCUUCUUCCUAUUAUAUGUACAUGAACUUACGUGACGACACAGAGAUACUUAUCGUAUGUGAUCUUUUUUGA